CAUUUACAAGCUGUCCUAGUUGCUUCGUAGUUCGUUACAUAAACAAAGCGCUCCUUUUUCUUUUUUUCGUCUCCUUGUUCCUCUAAGGGCCACGUACAUAUUGAAGAAAAUGAUGGCCACGCCAAUAUCCGUUCCUGUGGCUUUACCCAAAGACAAAGCUCCGGACAAGAAGAUAAUCAGACAAAUUAUCGGCACACUUCUGACAAGAGAAUGGCCGUUCGUGCAUCCAGAUAGUCUGGCAAUGGCAUACCAUACCUCAUCUGGCAAUGCCCACUGUCCGCCAUUGAAAGUCUUCAUCAAAUUCCACAAGGAGACUGGUGCUGAAAUAGAAAUAUUCAAGCAUCUGGUACCAGGCAAGCAUAAAGAAGCAUUAUUUUGCUACGAGUACGGUCAAAUCGGACUGGGAGCCAAAGUUUACGGAUUCUUCAAAACACAAGAUGGUGCGUUCGGAAGAAUUGAUGAGUUCCUGGACGCACGUAACCUUCAACCAGAGGAUGUUGAGAAUGCGAUUAUUCGAGCGGAUAUUGCUAGAGGCCUAACACAGCUUCAUGCCAUGAAGAACUCAUUGAAGAAGAAGGCAAUAGAACUAUAUUAUGGCGCGAUCAUUAAUGGGCUUGACAGCUAUCAUAAGAUGGACAAGUUGAAAGCACUUGGUCGGGAAGGAGGAGUGAAUGUGGAUGCCCUGAUUGACUACAAUUUUGGGGCGAGGUUGAGGAAAGUUGUAAACAGGCUAAAAUCCAUGGGAGGGAAAACAGGGUUGUGCAUUCAUGACGUCCAGUUCAUGAACGUGUUGGUGAAGAAUGAUCCCAAGAAAGGAGAGAGCAAGAUCACACUAGUCGACUUUGAAUUCGUAAUGCAGAACUAUCGAGCUUUUGACAUCGGCGAACACUUUAUGCAAAAGAUGUUCAAAUGGUUCAAUGCAGAAAACAAGCUAGCGGACUGCAGGAAGUACACAAAGGAAGAGAGAUACACUUCUGUCCUUAUGGAGUCCGAACUUGGAUACCUGUUGGCCAUUACCUUUGAUGUCCACAACAUGCUAUGCAUUAUGUACGAAGAGGAUGACAAGAAUCCUUUAAACCUUAUUGGACUUAACAAGCUCUUCGAUGAGUUUAUGGAUCAGUAUACUAAGCUUGGGUUGGAAGGCUUAUAA